AUGGGACUUCAGCAUUUGAGACCUGUGCAGCUGCUCUGCCUCGUAGGGGCCAUCUCCACUCUGCCUUGGGCUGGGGCUCUUUUGUGCUAUGAAGCAACGUCCUCACUCUUCAGAGCUGUUAGUUUCCAGAACUGGAAAUGGUUACUGAUGAGGAGCAUGGUGUGUAAGCUGAGUGAGGGCUGCGAGGAGACGCUGGUGCUCAUCAAGACAGGGAACAGAAAGGGAGUUGUGGGUUUCAAAGGCUGCAGUCCAUCCUCAUCUUACCCCCAGCAAGUCUCCUACCUCGUUUCACCGCCUGGAUUGUCCAUUGCCUCCUAUAGCCGUGUUUGCCGGACAUAUCUCUGCAAUAACCUCACUAAUUUGGAUCCUUUUAUGAAACUCAAGGAAACUCCUAAGCCUACAACAUUUUCUUCCCUUAGUUGCCCAACCUGUGUCGGGGAGCAUUCUAAUGAUUGCCUCCCCAAUUUUGUUACCACCGAUUCUUGCCCCCACAAUGCACCCACGUGUUACAGUUCCACCAUAAAAUUUCAGGCAGGGCUUCUCAAUACCACCUUCCUCCUCAUGGGCUGUGCUCGUGAAUAUAGUAAACUUCUAGCAGAUUUUCAGUAUAUUGGGACCAUCAGAGUGACUGAGGCCCUCAACAUCUUACAGAAGUCCCAGGUUGCUGGUGCAGAGUCCUCCAGUCGGGGUCCUGCUUGGGGCAUCCUCUCAGGCCUCCUGCUUGCCUUUAGGGACUAUUUAACUGGACCAGACAAACACCCAGACCCUUUCACAUAA